GAGACGCUCCCCGAGAUGCGCGAGCAGGGCGAGGGCCGGCACCCUGAAGACGCGAAGCCGCUCUGCAUCGCGGAGGACGUUUGGCCCAGCUGUCGUCCUGCAUUGGGAGAUCCUAUCCUGCGAGCUGGUCAGAUGGGGUACUUCAUCAAUGCCAGUUGUCCUGACGACGUCCAGGAGGUCAGCCUUGCGUAUGGCAAGUGGAUCUCCCGGCUUGAGGAGGCCCACAUUGCUGUCGAGCGGGUUCCCCCUGAUCAGGCCAGGGCUUGUCGAGGUCGGGCGCAUGGGCAUUCCAUCAAGCGGGUCAAGGCGAGUACCACCCCAGGGAGGGCCCACACGGUGGACGCUGGCGUCGAGCUGUGGAGCACCCUGACGACCUUGGCAAUUCGGGCCCGCGCCCUGGUGGCGAACAAAACGGACAGCGACCAGUUGGACUACGUCUUGGGCGACCUCGAGCAGCGGUGUGAUACCAUUGCGGACGAGGAUGCUCUCCUGGCGUCAAUCGGAGAUGACUUCCACCUCAUGUCAUCCUCCGACCUCAUCGGCGCACUUGAUCCAUUCAUUGAGGUUUCCGAGCGCUGGGCGAGCAGAGCCUUGGGCAGAUCCCAUGCCAAGGCGCGCCGCGGCUUCAUCAAGUGGGCAAAGGAGUCCUGGAAGUCCAAGGCGGGGGUUGUAUAUAGGCAUGUGCGCGAGCCGCAGGUACAGCAGACUGAGGUGCUUCUGCGGGACACUGCCGUUGCCGACCCGUGCAGCAUCAUGCGUCUGAAAACUGAAGCUUGGGAAAAGGUGUGGUCGGACCCUGAGUUUGACGAGGGUCAGGUCCCACAGGACUUGGGUGACCUCCGUGCGCGAGCUGCUGAGGACCCCCUGGAGCCCAUCACCUUGGAGAGGCUGGAUGUGGUGCUUUCUCGGACGUCGUCUAAGAGGGCGAAGGGCAUCGACAACAUCACGGCGUUGGAUAUUGCUCGCUGCCCCCCGUCGGCACGGCAGCAGCUGGUCGACCUGCUCAGCUUG